GAUCUCAGUAUGAUUCUGAUUCUGACCCUGAUAACGAUUUUGGCGAUCUUCCAAGCGACCCAGAUGAGAAUGAGGAACUCAAAAGGCUGGCAGGGCGGAUCAUGCGAGUGCAUAUGUCCAGCCUUAACUCUUACUCUCGAUUUGGAAGGAGACCGCAGCGCAAGAAGCCCGCCGGUCCUUCCACCACAUCGAGGGAGACU